UUAAGAAAGGAAGUAAUCCUGUGUACUAAAUAAAUUAGAAUUACAUUUACAAUGUGUUACGGGUGUAAUCGCAAGACAGUUAUGUCAACGGCAACAGUGUCUUCUGCUGCCUCGGGUCGGUGUUACCCCGGGCCAGGGGUCCCCGAAGUGUUUACCUUCGAUCCCAUACCCGAGCCCCAAACUCUCCCUCAUGUCUCUCGAUUAGGGAGAAACGGAAGGGCGAAAAAAGUGCUGUACCCAGCAAUGACAAAAAAACGACUUCCAGUUGUCGAGGGCCGCAGCACCGUUCAGAAGUUGCUUUUCCUGUUGCUGGUAGUCAUCUGCAUCCAGAUUUACUGCGCCGAGGAGUCCGUGUCUGCAGUCGCUGAGACCAGCCAAGUUGAGGGGGCGAGGACUCAAUCUAAACUUGCCUGCGAGGAAGAGCUGCUAAUCGGAGAGACGAUACUCGAAACUCCGGCUGGAGAGGAUGUUCUAAGAGACUUGGGGCCCUAUUUAGCAAAUAUGUGCGCAGCCGCUAUCGCUAGGGCAAAAAUGACUGCGUUUGCGAAGCGCUGCGAGAUAGCGCACGCAAAUGUGAUUUAGAAG